AACACUAUUGCGUUUUGAGAGCAAACAGACAGCUCAUCUACACCCUCUGACAGCGCACUGAUAGCGGGUUUUUUGGUGGCAUGGCAUCGUCAGAGGACGGUGUGAGCACCUGGAGCUGUAAGAAGGUGGCCCAGUGGCUGCAGGAAGAAGGUUUCGGGGAGUAUGUGGAGCUACUGUGCACCCAGCACCGCCUGGACGGCCCCAGCCUGCUGGCUCUGACUGAGGCCGACCUGCGUGGGCCUCCGCUGGGCCUCACUGUGCUGGGUGACAUCAAGAGGCUGACCUUAGCCCUACGCCGGCUCCAAAGACAAAAUCAGACCCAGCUGGAGGAGUUCGGUCUCCGGCCUGCAGAUAGCCUCACUGCUGCAAGGGUGGAGUGGAGCUGUGAUGGAGCUGACCGGAGGUAUAACGGAGGAGAUCGCUUGUGUAAUGGGACUGAACUGCGUCUGAGGAAUGGGGAUAGACCUGGAUACGGUUCAGGAGCAGCGUUGUGUCAUAUGCACUCCAACGGGAGGUGUAGGCAGCACCUGGCUGGGAGAUUGGACCCAGAGGUCUGGAAGACGGUCAUCAGUUCCAUUUAUGUGUUGUUUGUGUUUGGAUUCACAUCUUUCAUCAUGGUCAUCGUACAUGAGCGUGUCCCAGACAUGAGGACAUAUCCACCACUGCCUGACAUAUUUCUGGACAGUGUUCCCAGAAUCCCUUGGGCUUUUGCAAUGGCUGAAGCCUGUGGCCUAAUCCUGUGUUACAUGUUGCUGUUGAUCCUGCUGCUUCACAAACACAGGUCCAUUCUCUUCAGGCGGCUGUGUUCUUUGAUUGGAACUGUAUUUUUGCUGCGAUGUUGCACUAUGUUUGUCACCUCGCUCUCUGUGCCAGGGCAGCACCUGAAGUGUGCCAGUAAGACAUAUGGUGAUACCUUGGAAAAGAUACAGAGGGCUUUAGCGAUCUGGAGUGGAUUUGGGAUGACUCUGACUGGCGUCCAAACGUGUGGAGAUUACAUGUUCAGUGGACACACAGUUGUCAUCACAAUGCUUAACUUUUUUGUGACUGAAUACACUCCACGAACCUGGCAUCUGAUUCACACCAUCUCCUGGGUGUUGAACCUGUUUGGGAUUUUCUUCAUCCUGGCGGCUCAUGAGCACUACUCCAUCGAUGUGUUCAUCGCCUUCUACAUCACUACCCGCCUCUUCCUCUACUACCACACUUUAGCCAACACUCGAGCCUACCAGCAUAGCCGCAGGGCGCGCAUUUGGUUCCCUAUGUUCUCCUUCUUUGAGUGCAAUGUGAACGGACCUGUCCCCAAUCAGUACAACUGGCCGUUCGAUAAACCUGCCUUCAUGAAAACUCUGAUUGGGUAGAGAGUGUUUUCCAAAGACAACCGCUUCAAUGUGCAUGGACUGGAAUAUUGAAGCCUAAAAAAGAAACUUUUUACUUGAGAUGCUGCCUUCUAUCUCUGAACGGGUGUAAGUUUAUUAUCUGGGAGUUUUUUUCUCGUUUCAAGAAGUUUUUUUGGCCACUAAUCUUGACACCCUGGAAAAUAUGUUUAUUUGCCUUCUUGCUGAGUAAGAUGAGAAAAUUGAUACCUCUCAUAUCUGUUGAUUGAUUGAUUAUGAAGCUACAGUCAGGGGACCUUUUGUGUAGCUUACCAUGAAGAUCUGAAACAGGGGGAAACUGCUAGCCUGGCUCUAACCAAAGGUAACACAAUCCACCCACCAGCACCUCUGAAGCUCACUAAUAAACAAGUUAUAGCUUAUAAUCUGGCAGUGUAAUGGAUCAGGGUGUCGGUCAAAACUCAUUUUAUGACUGCAGGCAGUCUUUGUUCCUGGGCAAGAAAGAGUCUGGCACAUAACUCAGAAACUGUUGUUUUUACACUUCGAUUUGUAUUUGUCAUUAUUAAGCUUUAGAGUUUCUAAUUGGUGGAUUUGUAGUGCUAAGCUAAGGUAACAGGCUACAUCACCUUCAUGUGUGAAGCACAUACAUGAGAGUGGUAUCAAUCUUCUCAAGUAAGAAAAGUGUUCAAAAUGUUGAACUAUUCUUUUAAAUGUAUUUACACACUGUCACCUCAAAAAAGUGUGGUUUAAUUGAGGACUAAAAGCUGCAGGUACUAAUCAUUUCCUGGACAGAGGGCUUAAGGAGUUCAGACAUGUUUUUGCCUUAAAGUGAUCACUUUAAUAAUUAAUGCUUCACUUUGUUGAUGGGGAGUUUGGGUUGUCAGUCUCAUUCAACAUUUAUAAUAAUAAACUAUGUAGGCUUCACGCAGCUAUGAUAUAGUUGUCACCUUUUGGGAGUCGUUCAUGGUGGCGGGUAAAAUGUUGUAUUGCUGCAAAAGAUUUCACACCUGUUUGGUAACAACUACCAAAAGAGUUUCUUUUGAUGUGCAACAGGAAAAAUGUUUUUCAUUUUCACUUUAUGAGCUGAACUCUACAGUUAUGUUGUAUUUUAUAAUGUCACAGUUGGGAUAGUUUAUUUUUUCUACCUGUUAAAAGUUUGGAUACACUUUCCUGUUCACCUGAAUGAGAAAGUGUGUCCACACUUUUGACUGGAACUGUGCAUUCAUCACUAAACUCAACCAAAUAUCUGAAAGUUUAUUGUAAUGUUCAGUUUUGCCAAUCAGCCCAUAAUGUAAAGUAUAAUGAUUCCUUUGUUCUAAUUUGUUGUUUUCUUUUUUACAGGUUAAUUAUGUCAUGAGUACAGAGUGAGUUUUCCUCUGUUGCACAGUACAAAGACUGACUUUUGAAUUAUCACAGCUGUUGAGAAACAGUUGAAUAGCAAAGCUUCAAAAGUUUAAAUUGUUUACUAUGUCAUAGUUGAUCCAAACUAUAGAUUUUUAAAAUAAUUGUUUACAGUUUAUCGCUUUAUUUGCAAUGCAAGUGAUCUAUCUCUGCCUUUUGGCUCAACAAUGAAGGUUUACAGAGGAGGAAAACAGUUUUUAUAUUUCUAACUGACUUUUUCCUUGGCUGCUUUUUCACUAACGUAUUUCCUUUUUGCAUUUGUAAAAUAAAGUUGAUUUUGAAUAUAAUUUUGAAAAAUCAAGCUUCCUUGUGAGUUUGUUAAUUUGAGGAACAAUAUAUAGCUUCUAUCA